CGUUCACUUAAGACAAGUAAACAAAACUUACAAUAUCCACUUUAUUUCCUGUACAUAGUGAAUUUUGGUUGUUCUAGGUUGGAUCUUUGGAUUUCUCGUAAUGGCUAACUCUAGAUUUGAGUAUGUUAAGCAAUAUGAGCGAAUAGAUAGAUUAUUACCGGAAACAUAUAUUGUAAUUCGAAUUGAUGGCAAAGGAUUUCACAAAUUUACUAAAAAGCACGAAUUCGAAAAACCCAACGACCUUAGAUGCUUGAGUUUAAUGAACGCAGCUGCUAGAGUGGUAAUGUCUGAAUUUACAGACAUUGUAUUGGCAUACGGGGAUAGUGAUGAGUAUAGUUUUAUAUGGUCAAAAAGUACUGAGUUAUAUGAACGAAGAGAAAACAAAUUGGUAUCCCAUGUAUGCUCCUUAUUUACAUCUGCAUUUGUGUUCAAUUGGCCUCGAUAUUUUGAUAUGCCACUGUUAUCUCUCCCUUCAUUUGACGGUCGUGCCGUUUUGUACCCAAAUAUUAGCGUUCUACGGGAUUAUUUGAAUUGGAGACAGGUUGACUGUCAUAUAAAUAAUUUGUACAACACUACGUUUUGGGCUUUAAUACAAAAAGGUGGACUCACAAAUACCAAAGCGGAAGAGUACUUAAAGGGUACGGUUAGUUCUCAAAAACAUGAAAUUCUCUUCUCUCAAUUUCAUAUAAAUUAUAAUAACGAACUUGAAAUUUAUAAGAAAGGUUCCAUUUGGGUACGGGAGCCUGAAGAAAAUGAAUCAGCUCCUUCUAAACACGAAAAGUACUCUACGAAACAGAAACGAAAAAUGGGUCUACGAUUACUUCAUGUUAGCAUUAUUGAUAAUCAGUUUUGGGAUUCUCGGCCUUAUCUUAACAUCUUGCUUAAUUAAAUCCGUUUGUAAAAGCAUGAAGUCAAUGCUAAGCUGGGAUAGCAACAGCAAACAGUUUUACUACUACUUUAGUUGUGCAAAAAAUAAUUUAUUGAAGCCGUAAAUUUGCAUGCGAAGCUUCUCUAUUAUCAGUUAAAUAUAGAUUAAAUAAUUAAGUAAAAAGAUAUUAGCGGUACAAUACGGGUCAUAACAAAAUUAGUCGAAAAUCAUAAGUGUGAAAUAGACUGGAAAAGAAUUAC